CACCAGAGCCACGUGGGGCCUCACGCAGACUUGCUUUCAUGGCCGGAUUACAGUAUUAAGAGCAAACGUUCAAAAGAAGGAACAGGACAGGCCCAGAGACAAAACGUGAGUGAAGGGUGAGGGUAAACAAGGGCUUUGAACGUGCACCGCUAAAAGGAACGCUGCCAUCGGAGGCGUGAGAAUCACCACCUACUCAGCCAGCACUCUAGGACUGACACAGAAUUAUUCCCAUUUCCGCUUGACAGGUACAUUUAUUUUCAUUUGUGUACAUUCUAAAAAAUACAUUAAACAGCUAGCAAUGGCUAAGACUGACUUGUUUGUUGAGAACGUGACUACAACGCACGUCUAGUUCGUGUCCACGUUUGUGAGGGGCGCGGCUUUGGUCAGGUGGGCCAGGGAGGAGUGGCGUGAGGCGGCGAUCGAAUUUGGCUAGCAGCUUUAAAAACGGCAAACUGUAGCCCAAAUCAGAAUUGAAAGAUAAGAUGUAUGCCGCGUGAGUUUUGUCCCUAUAAUGGUGUUAAUAAUGUACACUGUAAUGAAUGAAUGUGUAAAACUAAAAUCUAGUUGCGAUAUGAUAAUCUGGAAUUUUACAGCGUUUUGAUUUGUGUCAAAAUCAAGGCUGAGAUCAAACUACAACAAAUCUUUCUCUUGGAGGGGUUGUACACUAUGUGCACAUUUAUUCAAUAAAUACUAUACAUUGUGUCAAUGGUGACAUCUUAAACAAGACUGAAAGCUUUGAAAAUAAUUUUGCGGUUAAACGGUCUUACCCUGACGCUGCUUGAGGGCUUUAAUCCUUUAAUCCUUCUAUCAUAUUCAAUGAAUAAUUAACCAAGUCAUUAAUGCUUUUAUGGUUGCCAGAUUGCGGAGGGAGAUAGACCAGACCUUCAUUCCCUACGUUUGGAUUUUUACGAGCUGGCACAACGAGCACAUCUCUUGGGAUCCGGAGCAGUUUUGCGGCAUUAAGAGCAUUUCUCUUCCCACCGAAUUGCUUUGGAAACCAGAUCUCACCAUUGAAGAAAUGAUAGAGAAGGACAAGGCCCCCCCGAGCCCCCACCUCACCAUCUUCAGCAGCGGCAGCGUGCACGUGCAGAACGACCAGGUGCUGCUGAGCACGUGCAAGAUGAACAUCUACCAGUUCCCCUUCGACCGGCAGAGCUGCAACCUCACCUUCAAGUCUGUCAUCCACUCGGUGCAGGAACUCCAGCUGCUUCACUCGCUCAGCUCCGCCGAAGCCACCAAGUGGUCGCGGGAGGUGAUGCGCACGCAGAACGAGUGGCUCUUUAUCGGCAUGGCGGUCGUCAACAAGACCGUCAGCGUGUUUGGCAUCCAGCAAAACAUGAUCGUUUAUACCAUCAGCAUGAAGAGGAGACCUGUGCUGUACAUCAUCAACUUCCUGCUGCCCGUCAUCUUCUUCCUGGCUCUGGACUUGGCCUCCUUCUUCAUCUCGGACUCGGGAGGCGAGAAGCUGAGCUUCAAAGUCACCGUGCUGCUGGCCGUCACCGUCAUGCAGCUCAUCCUCAACGAGAUCCUGCCCUGCUCCUCCAACAAGAUCCCUCUCAUAGCCGUCUACUGCAUCGGCAUCUUUGCUCUGAUGCUGCUCAGCCUGUUGGAGACCAUCUUUGCCAUGUACCUGAUGGAGAAAGACACCGUUGGCGUGGAUGGCAACAGAGAGGUCGACUAUGUUGCAGAAAAGAAGAAAAGUCGAUGUUGCGUAUGCAUCUGCGACGCGCCCGCAGAUGAAAAUCCACCUGAAAUGCUGAAGGACGGCCGACUGACGGAGUUCAGUUCUCUGGAGAAACUCUCCGAUGAGACAAGGGACUUGAUGAAGGCCCUCACGCUGCUUUUGGACAGCAGGAAGGAAAAGGAGGCCAAGCCCGGCUACUGGACCAGAUUCACCUUAAAAAUCAACAGAAUCUUUUACAUCAUCUACAUCAUCGCCGUGUCUUUGUUUUUAGCUGUCAUGUGCUUCAUUUGGCAGCAAAACCACCAAGAAUGAGGGUUAAAAAAAUAUCAAACUAUGAUUAUUAAGGGGGAAUCACACAGUAAACAUGCUUUAGACAGCAUAUGCAUGCUGUGGUUAUACAAUAUUCAUGAUGCACAACUGAUUUCCUUUUAAUGUAAGAUACAACGCUUUUCUAAUACCCCAUGCAUUGCUGGAAGAUAAAUUGUAUUUAUUUCCAUAUCCCUGCUCUAUUAAAUAAUCCACCCAUCCAUUCACGACAGAUCUUGUUCACAGGUGAGCUGGGUCCUAUCUCAGCUGAUGAAAGGUGGCGAACACCCUUGACUGGUCACCAGAUAAUCGCAGGGCACAUAGAGACAAGGACCUUUUGACACUCACAUUCACACCUAAGAACUGUGAUUAGAGUGUUCGAUGAACCGAACGUGUGUGAAUGUGGCAGAACACGCUAAAGUCCAGAUUUGAAUCCUGAAUCUCAGAAGUUUGAGACAGAUUUGACAGACACACUGAC